AUGUCGGCAGUAAUUGACAAUGCAAAGUUAACAUCUAAACUAUUUACGAUGGAUACAAACAUAAAAAGCAAAGGUCCCAUCUUCGAUCCCGGACAGUGUAGAUGCUGUAAUGAGAUGAAGAAGUGUCGCCUUCUCAAUGUAGAAUAUAAUCAUAUGGGCCAAAAAGAGAUCUAUUCCGAUAUGUUUCUAGAUUGUUUUGGCUUAGUCCUAUCACAAUUAGACGGUGAAGCAAAAGAUCGUUUGAUAUGUGCCAUGUGUGUGUCAAGACUGCGAGAGGCAAAUAAUUUCAGAAAACAAGUCCUACAAUGUGAGGAGAAGUUACUCACCGUGCAACUAAAUGAUAUUCCAAAGUCUAAGGUUCAGUUGAAAAAGAGAAAAAAGCUCAAAAAGAGGAAAGUCUCCAAGGAAAUUGACAGCGAGGUAACAGAGGACAUGCUCAUGGAAAUACAAAGGAUGGAUGAGAAAUUGGAACAAAUGCAACAUGUUGAUCCAGCUCCUGAAAAGAUGGAAUCAAAGUCUCAUUCGGAUUGUAAAGCAUACGUUAACACGGUCACUAUAGUGGAAAAUUCCUACGUCUGCCCCUUUGAUACAUCCUUCAGCGACUACUUCUGUGUGUACUGUCGAGGGGUUUUCACCAACCCACACAAACUAAGAGAGCACACACUGACACAUGACCCUCGGGCUUUCAGGGAAAUAGUCUACACAUACUCAAAUAACAAAAAGGUUCAACUCGACAUAGAGAAGAUAGACUGUCGUCUAUGCCCCGAAGAAGUGGACGACCUUGACGCAUUCAAACGUCACAUUACAUCACAUGGUAUAGUCAUACACGACGUGGAGGACGAGUUCUUGAAAUUCAAACUGGAUCUGGAGAAUUUGUGCUGCCUCGAAUGCGGAAAACGGUUCAGUUUCUUCCACGCUCUGAAAAAACAUAUGGCUGAGCACUUUGGGACAUGUAUAUGUGAUGUGUGCGGUGCGCACUACUUCGAGGAGCGGAUGCUGGUCUUGCACCAGAAGACCCAUCAGCGCAACGACGAGGUCUUCAACUGCAAGGAGUGCGGGAAGAGUUUCAAGUCCAAGUAUACGAGAUACAUUCAUAUAGCUAGGACUCACAAGAAAGAGGCAGCGUAUCUGUGCAGUAAAUGUGACCAGGUUUUCUUCUCAUACACCCUAAGAUACAGGCAUAUGAUUGAUUACCAUGGAGUGGAGAGGCUUUUCAAAUGUGAUCAGUGCGACAGGAGUUAUGAUAGUAGGAAAUCUCUGAGGGAGCAUAACAGGCGAUCUCAUUUGAAAAUCCGGAGGCAUGCAUGCAUGCUAUGCGAUAAGAGGUUCUAUUUGCCGUCCAGGUUAAAAGAGCACAUGGCCAGUCAUAACGGGGAGAGGAAUUUCCGCUGUGAAUAUUGUGGCAAAAGUUAUCCUCGGUUAAGGGGUUUGAAGGUGCAUAUGCAGUCGCACAGCAUGGAGAAGAAAUAUAAAUGCAUGUUAUGCAAUGCGGCGUUCACGCAGAACUUCAAUUUGAAAAGCCACAUGAAGCGGCAGCACGGCGGCAUGGACGUCGAGGUGGAGCCCUUUUUGACACCUGUCACUUGA